AUGGAGUGCAGUGGGCUGAGCACACCUCUGCAAUCAACCACGAAGAUGUCCAAACGACUGUUGAAUCUAAGCUUGGAAGAAAAGCAAAGCUUUCUGGAUUCGUUCGAUUACGUAUUUACCGACUGCGAUGGUGUAUUGUGGAACCGGUCCGAACCGAUCGAAGGCGUUGGCGAGGCAAUCAGUGCGCUGAAGGGCAGCGGCAAGCAUUUGGUCUAUGUUUCCAACAACAGUGUUAGAACGCUAGAGAAUUACAAGAACCAACUGCGAAAGCUGGGACACGACGAGAACGAAGCGGACGUGAUCCAUCCAGCGGUGAGUGUGAUCAAGUAUUUGAAAUCGAUCAACUUUCGAGGUUUGAUCUUCGCAAUUUGCUCUGAGCCAUUCCUAGCCGCCCUGAAGGACGCUGGCUACGAAGUUCUUCAUGGCCCGGAUGGACCGCAGCCAGAAUCUCUCCUUCUUAUCUAUCCCGAGAUUCACGAUAAGAAACCAGUCAAAGCGGUGAUCAUGGAUUACGAUUACAACUGUAAUCAUUCUAAGUUGUUGCGAGCUGAAGUGUAUUUGAAAACCAACCCGGACUGCGUGCUGAUUGCCGGGGCCACGGAUUAUAGCAUUUCCAAUUUACUCGGGUCAGGCCACUACGUGGACAUACUGGAGAAGGCAACCGGACGCAAGGCGAUUGUUUUGGGCAAACCGGGACAUCAGCUUGGAAAGCAGUUGAAGGAACAGUACGGCAUUGAGGAUGCCAAACGGGUGCUGUUCGUCGGGGAUAUGGUUGCACAGGAUGUGGUUUUUGGUAAGGUGGCAGGAUUCCAGACCCUACUUGUUCUGACCGGUGAAGCGCGGAAACUAAAUGUUGAGAAGCUAUCGGAUGGAGACCACGUUCCAGAUUACUUCGCAGAAAGCUUUGCAGAUCUGGGCAAAGUUAUAGGUGAGGUGGUGAAAGAGCAGUUCCAGGCAAAUUAG